AUGAAGUUCGCCCCCCUCCUCCUCCCCCUCCUUGCCAUCCCCGCAUCCGCCUCCAUCGCCAACGACGCGCUGUCCUGGGCGAGUGAGCUCGUGUCCGGCGGAAAGGGCAGCCUUGCCACCGCUCACGGCGCUCAUGUCGCCGAGGUCGACGGCCCUAUCAGGACUAUGGACUCGUGGAGCUAUGUGGACUGUGGAUUGGCCACUGACGCCAUCCAGCUCAAGUCUAUCAAAGUGUCUCCCGACCCCCCUGUUCCAGGAAAGAACCUCACCGUUAGCGUCGAAGCCGACGUCCUCGAGCGUAUUGAGGAUGGCGCCUAUGCCGACGUAACCGUCAAGCUUGGUUUAAUCAAGCUUCUUCAGAAGCAGUUUGACGUCUGUGAAGAAGCUGCCAACGCCAACGCGUCUGUCCAGUGCCCCGUUGAGCCUGGGCCUUACAGCGUACAACACACUGUGGAGUUGCCGGAGGAGAUUCCAAAGGCCAAGUUCUCGGUCCAGGUCAGGGGAUACACAGCCGAGGAUGAGGAUAUGGUCUGCUUGGAUCUGUUUGUGGACUUUAUGAAGCCCAAGAACUAG